AUGGCUACCCCUAGUGUCCUAGCUUUUGACGCUGAGGGUCGCGCCAUUGACUUUGAGGUCUGGGUCGACGACCUGCAGCUGUUCUUACAGUGCGAUAGGGCAGACGGUCUUUCUCUCUUUGACCUCACCUCUAGCGCCGUCCCUGCCCCUGCUGCUGAUGCUGACGCCACUGUUCGCUCACGGUGGGCCACGCGCGAUGCUGCUGCACGUCUUGCUGUGCGUCGCCACCUGCCUACCGCUGAGCGCGCGCACUUUAGCCAGUACAAGAGUGCCCGGACCUUGUACGACGCUGUAGUUGCGCGCUACUCCUCCCCUGCCAUUGCUGCACUGAGCCGCCUCAUGCUCCCCUUCCUCUUCCCUAACCUUGCCGCCUUUCCCACUGUUGCUGAUCUCAUUACGCACCUCCGCACUAGUGACACUCGCUACCGCGCUGCGCUUCCUGCUGACUUCUGCGCCAAGAACCCCCCCCCCAUGUACAUCACUCUCUACUUUUUAGUCACUCGCCUCCCUGACUCCCUUCGUGUAGUCCGGGACCACUUCCUCGCGGUCUGUCCCACCACCCUCACAGUCGACAGCCUCGAGAAGGCCCUCCUAGCGGCGGAGAAGAGCAUAGUCGCUGUAGGAGCCUCUCGAGGUGACCCCCGCGCCCCCAUCUUUGAGGGGUGUUCUCCUUCCCCUCUCCUGCCCUCUGUCGCCUCUGCCGCUGCGGCCGACCUCGUUGGUCUUGAGUCGGUCGGUGCGGCGUCUGCCCCUAGCGGGAGACGCCGCUCUGGCAAGGGCAAGGGGGGCAAGGGAGCGGGUGGGGCCAGCGGGGGCGGUGGAGGUGGAGGUGGAGGCGGUGGAGGUGGUGGCGGGGGUGGGGGUGCUAGUGGCGGCAGUGGAGGCGGGGGUAGCAGCGGCGGUGGUGGUGGGAGCGGAGGUGGCGGAGGCGGCGGCGGUGGAGGCGGAGGCGGGGGCGGUGGAGGCGGAGGCGGGGGUGGCGGUGGUGGAGGUGGUCGGAGUGGCACUUCGCAGCGGAGCAGCACUGGGGGUGGUCAGCGCCAGCAGCAGCGUUCUCGCGACGUCCCCACCCCUCAGCAACUCCGUGAGUGGUACACGCAGCGUCAGCGUGGUGGGGGUUUUGGUCCCUGCACCUACGUUCUUCGCACUGGCGACCGUGCUGGAGAGCAGUGUGGGGGUACCCACACCGCCCAGCGCUGCUUUGGCCGCCUGACGGACGCUUGGCGCCAGCAGUUCCCGGAGGCCGCGGAGAUCCCCCGCUGGGGAGAGCUGUCUAGGGCUGGUGUAGCUAUCUUUGAUCUUGACUUUGAUGCUAUCCUUGCUGCCAUGUAUGCUGUGACCAUUAGUGAUGAGGGUGACUGUUACCGGUGUCUCCAGCCCGACCCGGGCAUUGGUACUGCUGCUCUAGGUGCCAGCGAGGCUUCUGCUCUAGGUGCCAGUGCGUCUGUGCUCUCAGGUACUGGUGAGGCUGCUCUCUCAGGUACUAGUGAGUCUGCGCUCUCAGUCCUCCCGUGUCCGGCGGCUCCCUCUAGCACCCUGUCUGGUCUCUACCUCCCCUCGUUCUCUACGAACUUGGUGAGUGGUGCUGACCUACAGGAUGCGGGAGUCCACCAGUUCACCCCUGCUCGUCAGCGGGUGACGCACUCCACAUAG